CCUAAAUGGCUAAAACAAUGUGAUGAACGGCAACGCUGAGGAAGUGAGGUUCAGCUUCACCAAUCACCAUUCUCAUCGUUCAUCAAGGUUCAGAUUUCAGAGAGAAGGAGAGAACGCCAUCACCCAUCACGAUCUCACCGGCGCACACGGGCACACGGCAGUGAGCUCCGUCACCACUCGAGUCGGCGUCGCUGUCUGUCUCCCACUCUCCCACUCUCCGUCACCACUCGACUUCGCGUUGAAGCCUGAAGGUUCCUUUCGAGCUCUGAGAGAAAGCCUUCGAGUUCCAGGCCUGUAUUUGGGAUUACUUCAAUUUAAACAAACAUUCGGUGCUAGCUGUGUCAGACCAGACAACGUCUCAACCUCACCGCUGCGAUCCUUUUCUUGUCGUCGGCUGGUCGGCAUCAUGGGAGACCCAGGUAGUGUUAGUUUAGGGGAUUGGGUGGAAGCUAAAUAUGAGUCGAGAGAAAAUCCAUACCGCUGGUGGGCAUUCAUCAAAGUUGAGUUUAUAGCAAUAUUUAGGUCUAUUUUUGAAGAGUUGAAAAGGUUGCAUCUACGGGACGGUUUCCAUGGAAGGUUAAGCAUGUCGCGCAUCAAAGUCCAAUCACUUGGCCAUGGACAAUUUCAUGUUCAGCUGACUCUUCCUCAAAUCCAGCGUAGAAUGGGAAUGGAAAGAAUGCAACUAGAGGAUCUCAAAUCGCUGAGGACGAUCAUCUUUGAAGUGGUACACUGGGGUCAUCAGGGGAUGAGUUGUGAGGUUCAAGACCAGUGUAUAGCUCAACUUGACUUCGCCAUACAACAGCGUAGCCGCACCAAGUUAAUAAGCAAAUGGGCACUAGAUCCUGUGUUGCUUUGGGACACCAGCAGAAAGAUUCAGUUUCUCCAGACUGUUUACUGGCUCUUCUUCCGAAAUAGGAGCAUUCCUGGCGAGAUUAGUAUACACUUCAACUUGUUUCCUUCAUGUAGUUUCCAAGACAACCUGAGUGCAGAGAUGAAGGUUGUUUAUUAUCACGAGGCAUUAUGCGAUUUUAUCGGAACUGCUUGA